AGUUGGUUCUUCUAUGAUUUCGUCGGUGCUUGUUUUGCCUCCAUAGAGCUCCAGCUCUAGUUCGAAAAAUAUGACGAUAUCUCGUCUACUUCUUCGCGUUGCAAUUUAUUGACCCAACAAGAUGAAAGCAAGCCUUGUGUUGCCGAAGAACAUAACAACAGUGCUCUCUGUCUAUGAACUAGCAAAAAAUGGCUCGUCGUCGUCACGCGAGGUGGGGUACGCUACGCUGGGCGAGACAUGAGAUAGAAAGUUAGUACAGCAGGCGCGGUGGUAUCUGACCUCCCACUAAGCGCCUCUAUUUCGUCUUCGUCAGCACGACGGUAGCAGAGCACGACCCCGCGUUGGAAAGAUAUUUUCACCUGCGACUCCGCCUGCUGGAUGCCGCUUGGGCUUGUUCCUAAGUUCUUGCGGUUGUUCUGCUCCGUCUAGAAGCGUGGCUCGACUGCUAACCUCGGCGCUAGCGUGGUACGACCAUGGCGAACAUCGGCGCCGAGGAUGUCAAGGGCGCGGUUAUCAAAUGCAAAUAUGUCUGGGUCUGGAAACAUGUAAACUUCUGAUGCGUAUUUGAGGCCAGGAAAAAAUCUGUCAUGCAUGGACCGCAAAAGUAGCUCACUUCUUGCCACCAAAAGGGGGAACUUGAUGUCAUGCGGAUUAGGCAUCGCCUAACCUGCUCAAGAAAUAAACCUGCGCUGCUAGGACUUGCAUGCUAGACCUUCUGCGUCAUGCACAAACAGCGUCACACUUUUCCAGCCCCAGACAUAUUUGCACUGGAUAGCGGUGGAGAACCGGCAAAAGUCGGACUUCGCCAACGCGGACAUGGUGAUUGACGAGUACCUGGAGAAGAAGGCUGCGCGCGAACGGUAUCCUGUGCAAAAGUAUCUGAUACUCGUAUUGCAAUCAUGCAUUAUAAAUCCUUUUCUUGAGGUAAAUCAGCAUUACAAAUUUUACUUCUCACGCUGACGAGGAAAUUUGUAAUGCAUUCAUACGAAUGCGAUACUUUUGCAGUAGUUCAUAAACGGGAAAUCCUGGCGAUGAUCAAGAAGCUGAAGGGCGAGCCGGACGACGCCGAGCUGGCUAUGGGGAUCUCAAACGUUACAUUCCGAACUGUUACUCGAUUUGUCAUGCAAAAUCCCCAUAAGUCGUCACGUCGGAAGAUGAUGGCUCUUUGCAUGACAAAUCCUCGAAGGGCUGAACAGCACCUACAUCUGUUGCAAAUUUGUGAUGCGAGACUCGCAGGCUUGCCCCUUUCGAUAUUUGCUCUUCUUGCAUGACAGAUUCGCGUAAGUAACAGUUGAGGGUGUAACGUUUGCGAACGCCAUACUGGCGAUCGUGCGGAUCGACGCGGAGCAAGAGCGGAUCCGGUUAGGAAUUCCAGUUUCCGGAGCUCACAUAUGACAGUGCACAAGUACAACACAACUCCCCCUUAUUUGUAUAGCAUAAACGGCAGUGCAAGCAUUAGCAAGAAUGCCGGUUUUGCAUUACAAAUUUGCACUGGAGCAUAGUGCUACGAUUUGGGAUGCCAGAACUUGUCAUGCAUAAUAGUGACAGGAGGGAAACCGUGGACUUGGUAUUUUGCAUGAGAAAUGCAAAUGACAAUGAGAACGAGGGGGAGUUCUUGUGCACUGUCAUAUCACAAACACCUGCACUGGAUCCCGCAGCGGUACGUGGCCCCGACGUAUGAAUUGCAAAAGUAUCGUACUCGUAGUAAUCGCAGUCAUGCAUCACAAAUUGCUUUCUCAAGUGGAACCCGCAUGACAAAUUUUAUUUCUCACGCUGAGGAAAUUUGUCUUGCGAUUUAUACUAGUACGAUACUGUUGCACUGCAUACCACGGGCCAGCCGCCAAUCCGCCGGUUCUGCUCCAAGUACUAUCAAACAAAAAAGUGUUAACGUUAACGGUUUCCACAGAUGGCAGUCAUGCAUUACAAAUUUUGCCAUCCAUGCAUGCUACGCAAUACAAAUUUUGGCACCUUUUCUGAUGCAUUCCUGCAUCACAAAUUCCGUUAACGUUAACACUUUUUCGUGUGAUAAGUACGGAGACUUCUUCAUGUACGCCUGCGGCUACUGUCAGUUUCUCAUCGUCAUCAUCAUGUUUGUCGUUUGGUGGCACGCAUUCCAGGAGUACAACGACUCGUACUCGGGGAAAUGCCAGCUGAGCCGCCCUUCCAAUCGACUGAACGAGACGCAGGCUUUGUGCCGAGACUGUCUCUUCGACAUCAAGGCGCUGAUUGAUGUAGAAGAGCAGUCUAUGCAAGAAAAAAACUGUGUAAGUGUAAAUCUGUGAUGCAAAAAAUGCAAAACAGUAUAAACUUCUCAGGCUGGAAGUGCGUCAUAGCCGUGAUUCAUGCGCGUUUUCACGUACUAUCUGCGCAUGACAGGUUUUUCCUGUAAUGCAAAACGAAUUUGUGAUGCUGCUCUUCCUAAAAAAUUCCACUUACACAGUUUUUUUCCUGGAUACAGUCCCCGGUGCUGGCUGAAGAGAAACGGGAGGAGUGGCUCGACCACGUGCGGUCUACGUACUCGAGCAACGAGCUGGCUCUCUACUACACCGCUAUCGAAAAAUUUUACUCCCGCGACUUCGGCGAGCGAUACCGCGAAUUUCGCAUGCGGAAAUACAAAGUCAAGUACAACCCCUACGGUUUGGUCUACUACGUUCCCGAACAACCUGUUUUCAAGUGUUGUCCGCUAUGCAUUGCAAAUAUCCCUGGAUGUCUGGAAACUUGUAAUGCUGAGUUGGAAAUAGUGAGUUCUCUGCAAUGCACAGCCAAGCAUGAGAAAUAUUUUCGCGCCUAAGUGUUGCGGUUUCCCCAUGAGAAACUGCGUUUUUCCAUGACAAGCACAAGGAUCUCUUCUUGGACACGCAUCGCAAACUCUUCUGUGAUGCCAGACAAGCAUGACAGACCCUGCAUCCUUCCAGACCCAGACAUAUUUGCAGUCGAUAUCCGCAGUCCUGUUGCGACUGGCUCCAGACGAGUUCCGUGGCUGACCGCGGGCACUGCGACACCACUGUUUUCACGCACCUGCAAACGCAGCACUGGCGUCUAUCAAAUGCAAAAAUGUCUGGGUCUGGGCGGAUGGAACUUGUGAUGCGUCCUGUGGGUCACACAAAAAUCUGUGUUGCGUGAUCACCAAACAAAGUUGUUCUUUUUUGACCAACAUGAGUGGGAGUUUCUCAUGCAGGGUAGGCAUGAUAGAGAUUUCGCAGAAUCUGUCAUGCUAGGUCCUGCAUUCCAGACCACAUGGGGCAUGGGAAAAUAUGCAUGACAAGUCUGCAUUCUACUUCCAGACCCAGACACUUUUGCAUUUGAUAGCGUCUCUACGCCGACGAUCAGGACACAAACCAGUGUAACACCGGCGCGUGGGACUGCACCCUCUACCGCCCGGUGGAUUUCGAUAUGGAGGUCGGCGCAGGCUACUAUCAAAUGGUGCAAAUAUUAUGUCUGGAUCUGGAAACCGAAACUUGUGUUGCUGAUACGUGCAUUACAGAAACUUGCUUGCACGGCAUAACAGCAUGAUAAGUUUUUUCCCUUGGUUGAUGUUCCUUGCGGAUUCAUUCAUUCGUAUUUAGCAUUACAAAGUGCAGCCAUCCUCAUCCAGCACGACAGAAAACCUGGUCCAUCGUAUUCAUGCAUUACAGAUCUUGUUGUCCUUCAGACAUCGGAUUCGGAUCACAAAUCCAGACCGCCCAAAAGACAUAUUUGCGAUGCAUAGCUACAACGACGCGGUGAACGUCGGCGUGCCGCAGCACAGCUUCCGUUUUGAAUACCACGCGGUCAACGUGUUUUGGUUCAUCACCCAGCUUAUCCUGUGCAAAAGUAUCGUACUCGUAUUGCAGUCAUGCAUUACAAAUCCUUUUCUUAAGGUAAAUCAGCAUUACAAAUUUUAUUCCUCAUGCUGAGGAAACUUGUAAUGCAUUUAUACGAGUGCGACACUUUUGCAAUCCAUACAGCUUUGGGUCCUGGCGAUCGGCGUGAACUUCUUGUACGUGAUGGGCUGUAUUCUGAUCUGGACCAUUGAGAAAAAGUCCGUGGCCAUCCGCUCCAUGAUGGCGGACCGGUAUCCACAGGAAAUUUGCCCUACAUGAUGUACAUCUGCGGUCUCUGCAUGACAAAACUGGGCUGCUAUCCUAGUUUAGCAUGACAAGUGUUAGUACAUUCGCUCCCAAUUAUUGUUGAAUAAAUUUGUGAUGCGUCUUCACAUGUGCGGCAAAUUUGUGUUGCAUAACCGGAUUGAGGAGACCAUUUUGAAGAUUCGGAUUGUGUACAUGGAAGCCCACCCGAAGUUUUUCUACCGGUAUCUGAUCCACUACUCCGACUACUACGACAAAAAAUUGGUGCGGUUCCGCCUCUUCUACGGAAGGCGGCUCUACAUGCGGAUGACGCGCAUCGGUCGGCGGUUUUGGUACGGCGUAAAAGCCGUCGAAGAGCAGGAGAAGCGGUAUUUGAAAGCCGACCGGCGGGACCUGCGGCGCAAGCCGGUCCCGGUCAGCGCGGACAUGAUGAUCAGCAAGGAUGACUGUUGGACCUGUUGCACUAUCGACUGCAAAAAAUACGUCUGGGUCUGUGACGAGAUUGCGAGAUUUGUCAUGCUAGUCUGGCAUGUCUCUGGACUCUGUAUUGGGUGGCCGGGAAGUAGAGCUCCUCUUGCCUGUCAUGCAAAUAAAACGCAGUUUCUCAUGCGGAGUACGCAACUCACAACCUCCACGGCAAAACUUGUCAUGCUGGGCGAUGCAUUACAGUGUUAUUUUCACUAUUGCCUUCCUUGCAACACAAGUCUCCAGAGAACCCAGACAUGUUUGCAAUGCAUAUGCACCUGGUGGUGCCCCUGCUUUACGUUUUCCUGGACGGUGGGGCGAAAACUGUACCACGUUUUGAAGGAAGAAUGGCGCAAGGCGCGGGGAGAAACUGAGUCGGAUAAGACAACGACCGACGCUGGUUCCAGCCAGCUGCUGGGGGACCCGAUCCCGAUCUCCGCCUACGAAAUGGGGCUCAAGCAGAUCAAGAAACCCUUCCUGCGCCCCAGAACCAUGAACUUUGCGGCCAAAGCGAAUUUGACGGAGAUGCGGGAGGUGGACAUGCAAUUGAUCGCAAAAGCGAACUAUCCUGUGCAAAAGCAUCGCACUCGUAUUUCUGAUCGCAGUCAUGCAAGACAAAUUUCUUUUUCAAGGUAAAUCAGCAUAACAAAGUCCAUAUCUUGUCAUGCUGAGCUAAUUUGUAUUGCAAGAAGUACUACGUCUACGAGUUGUGCGAUACUUUUGCAGUUCAUACGAAUCGGGUUUCCGACCAGGAGCGGUUCCUGAAGACCGGUGGCACGGAGCAACUGGGUCUUAAAUUCCACGUGGAUAGUGGCGGAGAGAAAUUUGCGACCCGAAUACGCAGAUACUACAAGCCCGGUUCCAAAUUUGACCGGAUCGUCAUUCGGGUGGUGAAGGGGGAGUGCAUCGACCUCACCCUCCACAAGUACAAGCACUGGAAAAAUCCGGACUUGGUGGUUGACAAAGUCUAUGCAUUGCAAACGUACUAUCCUAUCUGCCCAGGCUUGCAUUACAGAUCUAGUUGUUGUAUGUGAAUCAGCAUCACAAAUUUCAUUUUCCUUUUCGGAAGAAUUUUUUGUCAUGCGGUUUAUACUAGUCUACUGUUGUGUGAUAGUUCUACUCUUGCAAUGCAUAACGUUGCAAAAAGGCGAGACGGUGCCAUGAUGGAUUUUCAUGACGGACCGAAGAAACCGGAGUGGGAAAUGGAAAAUCUGAAGGUGAAACCUGUUGUCUUCGCGGACGGAGACCCCCGCGACAUCGAAAUGCGCAAAAAGUUGGAAAAGCGGAAUCUUCCGCCACUGAAGGGAGAGGGGAAGAGGGAAAAAUCGGAUUUCGACACCGCGUUCUCUUCAUCCGGGGGAACAGCUACAGUAGAGGCAGCCACAGGAGCAGAGGAUCGUGCUGAUAGAAGCAGUGCGAAUGAGUGGACCACGUCGAAUAAAGGAGCUGCAGGUACUAGUACAGCAACCAAUCCGGAGCAGGACAAAACAGGAGACGGACCGGAGCAGGAUAACGAGCCAAAGAACUUCUCUGGAGCGGGAAGAACAAGAAACGGAGAUGAUGUUGACGACAACUACGGGGAAAAUGACGGGAAAAAUGAAAAUAAUGCGAAUCCGGCAGAGCCCCCUGAGCCCGAUGAUCUUCAUGAUCCCGCAGAGACAGCAGCUCCGGCGAGAAGUCCUGCUUCAUCUUCUUCGAAAAAAGAUAAAGAACACAAGAAAAAUAGCAAGGCGAAGCGCAACUCUAACGACGACAAGACAGGCCGGGCUUCGCAGUACGAUACCGAGUUCGUGAAGCACCCCCGCGUACUGCACGUCCGAGCCUGUCUGGCGGAGAAAUUCGGGAUCCAGCCCAAUUCGGACGCUUUGGCUAGGGUGAUAUGCAAUACAAAUUUUCCGUGCAUGAUGUUGUACAAAAUGCAUCACAAACUUCACCACCUUGGAUGAAAAAGCAACUUGUCAUGCUGAAAAGGCUUGAAGGAAAAGUUGGUCAUGCGGACGCCGCAUUUGUACUUCGUUGUGUGCGGGAAAUUUACUGUGGAUAGGUGAACGACUUGAUCAUCACCACGGAGAAUUGGCACUUGGCGGACUACACCCGGCCGUGCGAGCUGGAGUUUCUCCGUAUCGCCCCCGAGUGGUUGGCGAACAAUCCGAAACGGAAGUUUCACAUCAUGCGCAAGACCAGGACGCAGCUACGGCACAAAUCCGCGCCGGAAAUCAUGAAGGCCGUGUCAGAUGUGAUCGGUGGCGGGGUGAACAACCCGGUCUUGUUUCAGUUGGAGAAAGGAGACGUUCAGCAGCCCAACGAGAUUCGGAACAGCAGUAUGAAAAAAAUACAAAGUUAUUUUCGCACAAGACGUACACCUACAGAUAGUACAAAAUCAAAAUCAAAAUGCACCAAAAUUUUGGCUCCGCCAAUCACCUUCAUGAAAUAAAGCUAUUUGUGGUGCUUACUGAAGUAGAGAAUUAGAGGAAAUUUUUUGUCAUGCAAACCGCAAUCGCACGUGUUCAUCGUGUGCGGGAAAAACGUAUUUUCUCUGUCUAUAACCACGGACAUCGGGCGGAGGUUUGAGUCCCCGAUGAAGCUGGAUUACGGCGUGCCCGAGAAAAUCGAGUUUGAGGACUACAUUAAGGACCCAGUGUAUCGCAAGAAAAAACUGUUAUUUCACUGUAAACUUCUGAUGCAUAGAACGGAACGCAGAUGUGUUUGUCUUGCUACACAUGCAACACAUUGGAAUUCUAGCUGUGUUUUCCCUUAGGAAGCGCGCAUGCCAAGUUUUCUUUGUCAUGUGUAACAAACUUGUGAUGCAGAUCUUGCAAAAUCACCGCAGUGAAGCAGUUUUUUCGUGGGAUACAGUGGAGAAGCGGGACUACUUCGACUUGAACGUGCGAUACGAUUACAGCAGCAAAAUCUCCGCCGGCGACGUCGAUCACCGAGGCGUCAAGUUCCGCGAUUUGGUGCAGGAGCGGAAGGACCGCCGGAGAGCCCGGCGGGAGGCGUUUGGGCAUGCGGACCGGGAGACGAGGAGCAAAGCUGCGAAGGGCAGGAAGCAGGCCAAUCGGAAGGGCCGGUCUGUGGACCCGGAGAUCGAAGUGCUGGUCAAAGUGGAAAACGCCGCGGCACGGGAAUUGCUGGAAUAAAACUUCUUGUACACCAACGAAGGUUUAUCUUCGUUGUUCGUGCAUUUCUUUGCUGGUGUUUGUAGUUCUGAUUCUGAAACAUAUAUGUAAUCAAUGUACGAUAAAGUUCUAAAAGUAGUAUGCGCGACCCAGCCGUAGUAGAAUGUAAAUUUUCAUCCAGGGAUAAGAAACUCCGUUGAACCAUUUCCGACUGCCUUUUCUUUGCAGUCGACAUUUUCUGAAGAAAUCGAAAACUAGACCCCACGAUGUGAAAUUUUUCUGAUGAGAGAAUCGUGCGGCGAGCGCAUGAGAAAGGGCACAAACAAUGAGGUCGGCGAGCAAUUCUUGCUCACAUUCUAUUUUUUUGCCGUCUAUUUCCCAUUGAGGUGACUAGCGACACCUCCCUUUGAGCUAGACUAUUUGUCUUCGACCUGUUGGCGUCAUUUCAUUUUCCUCUGCGUUCAGUCACAUCCAGAGGCAG